CCGAAUCCGAAAGACCAACGCGAAGAAGGACCGAGCUAACUUUCGAUUCGGGGCCCGCCCCGAUCGAGUGCAAUUUUUCACCGUUGAUUUAUUUCGAUGAACUGUGUCCGCUCUGUUUUGUCCUCUGCGAUUGUUCGGGGUGAAGCUCUCUGCCUGCUUUGCCGACAGCCGCGCGCGCUCCGAAAUGGAAGACUGUUCUCGUCCCUUCGCACUUCGCCCGGUCGUGUAUCAAGGCGCAGCCCCCUAGCGUGGUGCAGCCCCGCGAUGGCCUGCAGCUCCUCGAGCGUCUCGGCCCCGACGGGUGGCGGUGCCCAAGGGCCCAACCGCCUUGCCGGCGAGAAGUCUCCCUACCUGCUCCAGCACGCCAACAACCCCGUCGACUGGUACCCGUGGGGCGACGAAGCCAUUGCCCGCGCCAAGUCGGAAGACAAGCCAAUCUUUCUUUCGGUGGGCUACUCGACGUGCCACUGGUGCCACGUCAUGGAGCGGGAGUCCUUCGAGAAUGCGGACAUUGCCCGGCUCAUGAACGAGCACUUUGUCAACGUCAAGGUGGACCGGGAGGAGAGGCCCGACUUGGACAGGGUCUACAUGACCUACAUACAGGCGACCUCUGGCGGCGGCGGGUGGCCCAUGAGCGUCUGGCUGACCCCCGACCUGAAGCCCAUCGUGGGAGGCACCUACUUCCCGCCGGACGACCGGUACUUCGGUCGCCCGGGCUUCAAGACCCUGCUCGCCGCCAUUGCCGAGCAGUGGAGGACGAACAGGGCCAAGCUGCUGGACCAGGGCAGUCGGAUCGUGGAGAUCCUCCGGCAGGCCUCGGAUUUGCGGAGCUCCGACGAGCGGGAAGCGGGUGCUGCCGCGUCCACCUCGGGGAGCGAGGCGGUCCCGCGCGCGUCCACUGUGGCGGCCACUUGCUUUGAGCAGUUGUCGCGGUCCUACGACGAGGCUGCGGGGGGCUUUGGGAAGGCGCCCAAGUUUCCGCAGUGCGUCAACCUCAACUUCCUGCUGCGCCAUGCAGUGGCGUCGCAGGAGCCGGGCGAGGCAGCCAGGGCGCUCGAAAUGUGCGUCAACACGCUGAACAAGAUGGCGCGAGGCGGGAUCCACGACCACGUGGCCAAGGGGUUCCACCGCUACUCGACGGACGGCGGCUGGCACGUGCCGCACUUUGAGAAGAUGCUGUACGACCAGGCGCAGCUGGCCAGGGCCUACCUGGAGGCCUUCCAGGCCACCCGGGACCCCCACCUGGCGCAGGUGGCCCGAGACGUGCUGGACUACGUCGAGCGAGACCUCAGCCACCAGAGCGGCGGCUUCUACAGCGCAGAAGAUGCGGACUCGCUGCCGGAGGCCAGUUCCGGGGAGAAGAAGGAGGGGGCCUUCUGCGUCUGGGAGGAGGCGGAGGUGCGGCGCCUGCUCCCGGAGCCCCUGCCGGGCUGCCCCGGCCGCACCGUGGCGGACCUCUUCUGCCGACACUUUGGCGUGGAGGCCGGCGGAAACGUCGACCCCAUGCAGGACCCCCACGACGAGCUGAAGGGCAAGAAUGUGCUGGUGGUGCGGGAGUCCCAGGAGAGCCUGGCGGAGCGCUUUGGCCUGGAGCUGCCCGUGCUGCGUUCGCUGCUCGAGGACGCCCGGAGGGUCCUGCUCGAGGCCCGGCAGAGGCGGCCCAGGCCGCACCUCGACGACAAGUUCCUCGCCGCCUGGAACGGACUGAUGGUGUCGGGCUUUGCGACGGCGGCCAAAGUGCUGGGCGACCGACGCUACGCCGAGCGCGCUCUCCAGGCCGUGGCUUUCCUCGGUCAGCACCUGUACGACGAGGACCGCAAGUCGCUGCUCCGGAGCGCCUACAGGGGAGAGGGCGGCCAUGUGACGCAGACAGCCCGCCCCAUCCCCGGGGUCCUGGAGGACUACGCCUUCACGGUGCAGGGGCUGCUGGACACGUACGAGGCCUGCUUCGAGGCGCCCUGCCUGCUCCGGGCGGAGGAGCUGCAGGACGCCCAGGACGCCCGCUUCUGGGACCCGGACCAGGGCGGCUACUUCCUGAGCAGCGGGGAGGACGCCCACCUCCUGCUCAGGCUCAAGGACGACCAGGACGGAGCCGAGCCGAGCCCCAACUCGGUGUCGCUGAGCAACCUGGUGCGUCUGUCGGUGCUGCUGAACCGGGCCGACCUGAGGGAGCGUGCCCAGCGACUGGCCGAGGCCUACGCCCGGCGGCUCAGCCUCCUGCCCCUAGCGCUGCCCGAGAUGGUCUGCGGGCUGCUGCGGCUGCAGGCGGGGCCCCAGGAGGUGGGGACUCGGCCCCCGUCACUCCCUCCUCCGCUGGUUCUCGACCACCAGUGGGCAUCCCUUCUGGGUGGUCGUGGCGGGCGGCAAGGACCAUCCGGGGACCCAGGAACUUCUGUCCUGUCUGCGAGGACACUUCCUUCCUUUCCUCACGACCAUCCUGGCAGACCAGGAUCCCGAAAACCCCCUCCGCAAGCGUCUCCCCAACUUCGACGCGUACAAAUGCGUCGACGGAAAGCCCACAGCCUACGUCUGCCGGAACUUCGUCUGCUCGAAACCCGUCACGUCCGCCGUGGAGCUCGAACGGCUCUUGCAACAAAAAUAGUUUUCGCUUUCUUUGGUCUCUGCGUGGACUCAUUUUGUACAUACUACUAUGUUUGCCGUAAGUUUCUUUCGUCGCCACCCUGCCGAGAGUAAAAUAGCUUCCGUAAGACUCCAAGGCUGCUAUAAUGCCCACGAGGGCAUUAUAGUGGGGGAGGGUUAAACCGAAAACUGCUAAAAGGAGUCCCAAAAAAAUUUGUGAGUUAGUAAAGGGUAGC